AUGGCUGACACUAGUGACCAGGAGCAAGUAGGCGGCACCUCUGUGGUAGAUGAACCAGUGGCGAGGGGGAGGAGAAAAGGGCAGGCCAAGUCUAAGGAGCCAUCUCGUGUGAGGGAAGAGGUAGGUGACUUUGAGACUAGGCUGUCCAAAAUAGAGCACCACUUAGCUAACGAGGAGUCGAGGGUUAACGGGUUGGAGAACCGAGUGGGGGAGCUUGCUGAUGAGUUGGAUGAGACUCGAGGAGAAAUGCAGGCUGCUCUCAACAUGACUCUAGAUAAGUUGGCUACCGAAAGUGAGGUUCUGAGAGUGUCCCAAGCCGAAGAGGUUUCUGCCUUAAAGGAGGAAAAUCGUGCGCUAAAGGAGGAGAUGGAGAAGAUGAAAGAUGACCUUGUGAUGCUGAAGAGGGUUGUGAACCAAGGGAGUGGGACUGAUCCUCACGUCUCUCAUGCAGUCCAUACAGCCAGGUUGGACGUGCCAAAGCCUAGCGCUUUUAAGGGUGCCCGAAGUGCCCGAGAAAUUGAUAACUUUUUGUGGACACUGGACCAUUAUUUCCGAGCAUUGGGAGUAGAUGAUGAUGCAAGAAAAAUUGAUAAUGCUCCCUUGGAGCUGAAGAAACAGUUCUACCCGGAAAAUGCAGCUACUGAGGCUAGGGCAAGGUUGAGGCGCCUUACGCAGAAGGGGACCAUUAGAGAGUAUGUGAAAGACUUCACCGAAGUGUUGCUUGAAAUCCUUGACUACUCGGAUUUAGAGGCUUUGUUUGCUUUCAAAGAUGGGCUACAACCUUGGCGGUUAGACAAGUCCAAGGGGAAGGACAACAAGAGCAGUGGGGACAAAAGCGAAAGCAAGGAGAGAAGCGGCAAGGAAGCUCCAAAGGAUGGGAACGGGAAAAAGGGAUGGCAAGGGAAGAAGGACACGCGGGAAGGUAAGUCUAAAGGCUGGAAUAAACCGGCCAAGCCUGGUGAACGUGGUCCCUUGAAGUGUUUCCUGUGUGAGGGACCGCACAAAAUGGCAAACUGCCUGAAGAGUGGAGGCCUCACUGCACUGACCGAGAGCAAGAGUGAUGCUACCCCACGUGAGGAAGGAUCAAGCAUGGGUUCAUUGCAGUUAGCGGCAGUUGUGAAAGGCAAGCAGGUUGAGAGUGGAGUUGGCACUAAGGGAAGGCUGUUUGCACAACUGAGAAUUGGGCAGAAUGAGGAUCAAGCCUUGGUUGACACUGGGGCAUCGGACAAAUUUCUGAGGUUAGAGGAAGCGCAGAAAAUGGGUAUCACAUUCAGUGGGAAAGCUGGUUGGUUGAAAGCCGUAAAUUCAAAGCCAACACCAACGCAUGGAGUGGCUGCCAAUGUGGGAGUGAAGAUUGGCGAAUGGACUGUGUUCAUUGACUUCUCAGUAGUGUCCAUGGACGACUACUCAUGCGUGUUGGGGAUGGACUUCAUGGAUAGGGUGAAAGCAAUCCCUAUCCCCUUUGCUAACAGUUUGUGCAUUGUGGAAGAAAAGGGUGAAUGUACUGUUCCAUUGAAGAGAGGAAAAUCUGGUGGGAGUACUUUGUCCGCACUGCAGUUGGCCAAGGGAGUGCGCAAGUUGGACCCAACGUUUCUGGUGGCCUUGCAAGCCGAAACCAGUGAACAAUCAGUUAUUGUGCCGCAUGAAGUUCAGUGUGUGUUGGCCGAAUUUUCUGACGUGAUGCCUAAGGAGUUGCCGAGAGAAUUACCACCCAAAAGAGAUGUAGACCACUCUAUUGAGCUGCUGCCUGGAGCUAAACCACCCAGUGGAGUCCCUUACCGCAUGGCUCCUCUUGAACUAGAGGAAUUAAAAUGGCAGUUGAAGGAAUUUUUGGAGGCAAGGUUUAUUCAGCCGUCCAAGACUCCCUAUGGCGCACCAGUGUUGUUUCAGCGGAAGAAAGAUGGAAGUCUCCGAAUGUGUAUCGACUACAGAGCUUUGAACAAAGUUACCGUGAAAAAUAAAUACCCUAUCCCACAUAUUAGUGAUUUAUUUGAUCGGUUGGGGGCUGCUCGAUGGUUUUCGAAGUUGGACCUAAGGUCGGGGUACUACCAAGUCAGAAUUGCCAAGGGUGAUGAACCAAAGAUGGCUUGUGUGACUCGGUAUGGUGCAUAUGAAUUUCGGAUAAUGCCGUUUGGCCUCACCAAUGCCCCCGCUACCUUCUGCACCUUGAUGAAUCAGGUAUACCAUCAGUUUUUCGAUCAUUUUGUUGUGGUUUAUUUGGACGAUAUAGUGGUGUAUAGCCGGACACUUGACGAACACUUGAAUCACUUGAGAUUGGUCUUUCAAGAAUUGCGGAAGCACCAUUUAUUUGUGAAGAAAGAGAAAUGUGAAUUUGCACAGGAAGAGGUGGCAUUUCGAGGUCAUGUAGUCGGGCAUGGACAGAUUAAAAUGGAUGGGGCUAAGGUGAGGGCCAUUGAGGAAUGGGAGCCACCUAAGCGUGUGCCUGAAUUGCGGUCAUUUUUGGGCUUGGCCAAUUAUUAUCGGAGAUUUAUUCCGGGAUACUCUCAUGUUGCCGCACCGCUCACUGAUUUGUUGAGGAAAGACGGACCGUGGAAGUGGGAUGAGAGGGUCCAGGAGUCUUUUGACAAGCUGAAGCAAGCACUGAAAGGGGAACCAGUUUUGAGACUGCCUAAUUUUACCGCACCGUUUGAGGUUCAUACUGAUGCUUCGGAUUAUGCUAUCGGGGGUGUGAUCAUGCAAGACCGACAUCCAAUAGCUGAUGAGAGCAGGGAAUUGAAUGACACUGAACGGAGAUACACUGUCCAGGAGAAAGAGAUGACGGCCGUAGUCCAUUGUUUGAGGACUUGGCGUCACUAUCUAUUGGGGAGCUGCUUCGUAGUGAAGACGGACAAUGUGGCAACAAGCUAUUUUCUCACUCAGAAAAAAUUGUCUCCCAAGCAAGCGAGAUGGCAGGCAUUCCUUGGAGAAUUUGACUUUGUGAUGGAGUAUAAACCGGGGAAGGCAAACCUUGUGGCCGAUGCACUUAGCCAAAAAGUGGAGCUGGCAGCAGUCACCACGUAG